AUGCGAUAUUUGGUGAUAUUAUUUUGCUUAUUUUAUGUAGCAAACAGUGUUGAAGAAGACAGUCUUGGAUUACUCAUAUCAACAGAGCUGUUAUGUCCUCUUUGUAUUUCUGUUAUUGAAAGAUUAAAAGAAAAUUACAAAACAAAUCCAAAUUUGCCAAAGGAUUUGAAAGCGUCCUGUGAAUCGCUCGCAAAAACGGAUCAAGAACAGAUUGAUUUAUGCAAAACUGGAUUCACGAGUGUUAAAAUGGAAAUGCUGAAAACAAAAAGCCCGAAAGAAAUUUGCAAUUCACAGAAACUGUGCGAAUCGAAUGAAACAAAAGAGAGUUCAUCAGCAGAUCAACGCGGCGUACCAGAUUUUGCAACUAUUCCACUGGUGAGGAACUCGAUCGAUGAGCCGAUACCCGGUGUGGAUGUCGUUAAAAAAUUAGUGGACUUUGCAGAGGGUAAAGGUGGAAACGUAACCGGAGAAGACCUCACGAUUCAUUUCGAUUUGAAGUUUGAGCCGCCGAAUCUGGAACGUGAAGACGCUAAUACAACGGAUGUCAGCAACGUUACAACAAUUCUUUCUUCAACCCCACCGAGCGAUAGUUAA